ACUUCCGAUUCGUCGCAGUCGCUUCCAUCUCGUCGACCACGGUCUGUUCUCCAUCUUUUUAGUGCUGGGCGACUGGUUUUUGAAAAAUGUCUUUUCUCUCCGUACGUUUAGCUGCUUCCGUGGCGAGAAACUUGCCUAAAAAUGUGACCCAGGUCGCGGGAGCCGCUUUUCCAGCCGCUUCAGCCGCCGCUCGCAAUGUUCAUGUUUCCGCACAAAAUCGUGGUGCUGAGAUUUCUUCCAUCUUGGAGGAGCGUAUUCUUGGAGCUGCCCCAAAAGCGGAUUUAGACGAAACAGGUCGUGUGUUGAGUAUUGGUGAUGGUAUUGCCCGUGUAUACGGUUUGAAGAAUAUUCAAGCUGAUGAGAUGGUGGAAUUCUCUUCAGGUCUCAAGGGUAUGGCUCUUAACUUGGAACCUGAUAAUGUUGGUGUAGUAGUUUUUGGUAAUGACAAACUUAUUAAGGAAGGUGAUAUCGUCAAGAGAACUGGUGCCAUUGUAGAUGUUCCAGUUGGUGAACAACUGUUAGGAAGAGUUGUAGAUGCUCUAGGUAAUCCAAUUGAUGGAAAAGGCCCACUUAACACCAAACUACGUUUCCGUGUAGGUAUUAAAGCUCCAGGUAUCAUUCCACGUAUUUCUGUAAGAGAACCUAUGCAGUCUGGUAUCAAAGCUGUCGACUCUCUUGUACCAAUUGGCCGUGGUCAGCGUGAAUUGAUCAUCGGUGAUCGUCAAACUGGAAAAACUGCCUUGGCUAUUGAUACCAUCAUCAACCAGAAGAGGUUCAAUGAUGCCGACGAUGAGAAAAAGAAAUUGUACUGCAUCUAUGUGGCUGUUGGUCAGAAGAGGUCCACUGUGGCACAGAUCUUGAAGCGUUUGACAGAUACCGGUGCCAUCGGUUACACAAUCAUCGUAUCUGCUACUGCUUCAGAUGCUGCUCCCUUGCAGUACCUUGCACCCUACUCAGGAUGCGCCAUGGGUGAAUUCUUCAGAGAUAAUGGCAAACACGCUCUAAUCAUCUACGAUGAUUUGUCCAAACAAGCCGUUGCCUACCGUCAGAUGUCUCUGCUAUUGCGUCGUCCUCCAGGUCGUGAAGCCUACCCUGGUGACGUAUUUUAUCUCCAUUCCCGUCUCUUAGAACGGGCAGCCAAAAUGUCUGAUGCCCAUGGAGGAGGUUCAUUGACUGCCUUGCCUGUCAUUGAGACCCAAGCCGGUGACGUAUCAGCUUACAUUCCCACCAACGUAAUUUCUAUCACUGACGGACAGAUUUUCUUGGAAACUGAAUUGUUCUACAAAGGUAUCCGCCCUGCCAUCAAUGUAGGUCUCUCCGUAUCUAGAGUAGGAUCUGCUGCCCAAACGAAGGCCAUGAAACAAGUAGCAGGUUCUAUGAAACUGGAAUUGGCCCAAUAUCGUGAAGUAGCAGCUUUCGCCCAGUUUGGUUCCGAUCUUGAUGCCGCCACUCAGCAAUUGUUAAACCGUGGUGUCCGUCUGACCGAAUUGUUGAAACAAGGUCAGUACGUACCCAUGGCUAUUGAGGAACAGGUUGCUGUGAUCUACUGUGGAGUAAGAGGACAUCUUGACAAGAUUGACCCAUCCAAGAUUACAGUUUUUGAGAAACAAUUUUCUGAACACGUCAAGAGUAGCCAUCAGGGCAUCCUUCAGAGCAUCGCUAAGGAAGGUAAAAUCACCGACGAAACUGAUGCCCAGCUUAAGAAGGUGGUUCAAGAAUUUGUUGCCAACUUCUCUGGUUAAAUAUAAUUAAGUUUUUAAGUUAAUGAAAAAUAAUUUGUACAAUUAUUUGAACUUACCCAUUUCAUAGUAAGCAUCCAUCGUCGACUGAGGGUCAUUGUUUUAGACUAGGUCACCGUUAGUAGUUUUUUGACUACACUAAAAUAUACAUUAAAACGAAAUUUCUGUCGAUUUA